UCGCCCUCCGCUCGACUGCACGACAGCGGCACGACUCCACAAUGCACGCCGGUGCGCCACGCAGCCAUUCCAUCGAUCUCAUGAAAACGUACCUUGUUGGUAGGCGCAGGCGCAGACGCAGACGCAGAGUCAGUUGUGAUUGAUGAUUGCGUCCAACCCAACAACGGUCGCUCCCCAACAUGAUCGAAGUGACGUGGGACUCGGCACAGGGGUCUGGGGUCUACCUGCUGGUCGACAAGAUCGCCCUCAACACCAGAAAUGCCCAUGUUGGCGUUAUUUUAUUACUCAGGGGCACAAGCAGAUCGCCCGCCUUCCGGGGUUACACGUGAUUGUCGCAACGACUCUGCCGACCAGGUUGCUAGGCUGGUCUCCAUGGGCCUUGACUCUUUCCUCCCGAACGAACCGCCAUCAUUUCCAUAUCGCGGACCUCACCGGCCUCGCCCUCCCACCUCGUGAGCCUGUGACUGCUGAGUCCAGCGAACCCGAGUUCCCACGUACCAAGAUUCUUGCCAUCAUAUCAACUAUUAGCCGGUUUAGGCUGUACCAUCCUGCCUCGUCCGGAUUCGCUCCAUUUUCCUUCAAGUCACGCCAGAUCCAGCAUCUCGACCUCUGGCUCUCCCAACAGUGAUUAUGUACCUCUGCCAGUGCGCCCUUGCUUAUGGAUGAGGCACGUCCAUCUAUCGUUGAAGGCUGACUGCGGAUACGCUGCAGAAGUUUGCACCCAAACACUAGCAGUCGUUCCCUUU